GUGUGUUGUGUCGUUGUGCACCUCAGAUACUAACAUGCGGAUGUUUUUGGUGCUAGCAUGCGUGAGCGCAGCGGUGGCGGUGGCUGUACCAGUCGAGUACGGCGGGUACUACGGGCACGCGCCGGUCGCGGUACACGCCGCCCCAGUGGUACACGCCGCCCCUGUAAUCCAUGCAGCGCCAGUGGUACACGCUGCCCCAUUGGUACAUGCGGUACAAGCUGAGCCUAUUUCUUAUCCAAAGUACGCGUUCAACUACGGAGUGAAGGACCCGCACACCGGCGACAUAAAGUCACAGCAAGAAGAGCGUGACGGAGACGUCGUUAAAGGAAGCUACUCGCUAGUUGAGCCCGACGGUUCUACUCGAACGGUUGCGUACUCCGCUGACGACCACACCGGUUUCAACGCAGUCGUACACAAGUCUGGACAUGCGGUUCAUCCGCAACAAGUGGCAGUAGCGCAUGCGGCUCCUAUUCACUACGCGGCUGCACCCAUCGCAGUGGCUUCCUACGGCCAUGGCUACGGCCACUAG